AAUAUCUUCAAUAAAUUAAGUGUAGAUGUAGUGAAGGCUGUUCCUAAAAGUGUACUCUUAAUUUGUUAUUUUUAUAGAAACGAAAGAAUCAUAUUUUAAUUACGAAAAAUGUUUAACGACGUUGUAAAAAAGACAGCAAAAAGUUCCGAAGCCACUGAGGCUGACGUUAGGGAAGAUGAAGAGCAAGGUGUUAAAUUUCAAGAGAUUAUUGAUCUCUUGGUUGCAGCUGGUUAUUUUCGGGCAAGAAUUAAAGGAUUGUCAAAUUUUGACAAGGUCAUUGGAGGAUUGACCUGGUGUAUAGAAACGUGCAAUUUCGACAUUGAUGUGGAUUUACUGUUUAGGGAAAAUUUAACCAUUGGACAAAAAAUAGCCCUAACGGAAAAGAUUGUUGCGGUCUUACCAAAAAUGAAUUGUCCUCAUCGAAUUGAACCUCAUCAGAUUCAAGGUCUCGAUUGCAUUCACAUAUUUCCAGUUGUCCAGUGGCUAGUAAAACGCUCGAUGAAGACAAGAGAGCAAAUGGCUGGAUUUGUCAGAUCCUUUGCUGUUAGUCAGUUUGAAAAGACUCAUUCAUCUGUAGAUGAUCAAAAAGACCCAACUUUAGGAAAAAUAGAGAAUAUGAUACCCAACAUAAUGCUAGUAAAGAAAGUUUAUGAAACAAGACGACCCGAAGGUGGAACAUCUACUGUUCAGAGUUCGCUUUUAGAAUACGGAGCGGCAGCUCACAUUUUCACUGAUACUGCUGAUGGAAAUGAUGAAAGUCAAGAGCAAGAGAUGGAUGUUGUAGAUGAGGCACAAUCACAAAUUUCUAAAGUUACUGAUCGUUACGCCAGUCUAAUAAUUUCUGAAGACAACGCUUCAUUCCGCGCUAUAGCUGCUUUGGAAAAACAAAAGUCCACUUUAGAAAAUAAAGCGCAAAAGUUGAGAAAGGAAAGAGACAGCUUGUUAACAAAAGUCUCGGAUGCAAGUGACAGACUGAAAAAAAUACGUUCUGGCCGUAAAGCCGUUGAGGAAGCUUUCAAGAAAAUGAAGGAAAUGGAAACCAGUGAGAAUGAGGAAACACUGAGAAAAUUAGAAGAACUUCUUUCCGUUCACGAUGGUCUAAAAGAUCAGGAGAACAAAUUUCGUGAUCAGUGCAGAAUGGAUUUGAAUCUUUUAAGAAAUGCCGUUAUGGAAAUCGAAAAAGGCGAACCUCAGAAGGAGGAAGUUCGAGUAAUUGAAUAUGAAGAAAAAAAGGAAAAUGUUAAUCGUCUAAGACUACAAUUAGCGAAGAAGAAUAGAGUCAUAGCUUCACUUACAAGGCAAUUAGAUGAUGUGCCCGGAAGAUCAGAGUUAACACAAUAUCAACGCCGAUUUAUGGAAUUGUAUAAUCAAGUUUCUGCAAAACACAAGGAGACUAAACAGUACUAUACUCUUUACAAUACGUUGGAUGACACCAAACUUUAUUUGAGCAAAGAACUUUCUUUGCUUAACUCAAUUCAAGAUAAUUAUAACGAAGCAAUGGCUUCAGCAAGUGGUAAAGAACAAUUCUUGAAGCAAUUCGAAGCAAUUGUUGAAGGGGUUAAGCGAAAUAAAUCCAAGGUUGAAAAGCGUUGUGCAGAGGAGAAAAGCAGAAGAGAUGCUCUAAGUCGACAACUUGUUACUUUAGUAGAGCAGCAAAGAAAGUAUGUUGCGGCUGUUAAACAACUAACAAUAGAGUGUCGUAAAAAUGAAACACUUCUGGCACAACUACGUGGUCCGUAGAACAUGGCUCCACUAACAAGACAAUCAUUCUCGGAGAGAAAAUAAAAAUUAGGAAUAACUAUAUAAGUAAUUUUCUUAUACACUUUUAUCAUGUACAAACUUUAGUCCAAUAAAUUAAAAUAUGAAAUUUA